UCUUGAAGCAGUUCGGACGUGAUCAUUCGUCGAGUAGGCGCAAAGUGUGUUGCUUUUGAGUGUGAAAAAUUUCAAAAUGUUGGUGGACUGAAAAUAAACCGUUCUAACCUUCACAGACAUCGUUCAGAGCUCGCGUAUUACUUAACCAAAACGAGAGUGGAUCCGCGCUUUCUCGAUCUCACCAAGUGGCAAUGCGUUGUUGUUCGAGAAAGGUUACAUUGAAUGGUGUUUUCAGAUCGAUUGUGCAGAAAUUAGAAAACAAUGCGCUGAAAUCAAUUGGUGACAUUUGAAACGCUGUUGAGUGCUUGGGAUGGUGAAUUCCUUUCACUCCACGCGGUUAGAGUUCACUCACCUGCAUGUGUACGCAUUAGUUGAUGCGUUAGUGAAUCUAAAAUGAAAACAGAAGUUUCCUCAGUGACUAUAAAUAUCCACGGAGGCAAAUAUACCUACAAGCAGAAUCACAUUUGCCUAUAGAGCGCAACUGGCAUCGAAGAAAAAAGAGUGUUUUCCUUCUUCCCCGUUUGGCUCGUCUAAAUAUAUACAUUUAUGUUUGGUACAGUUCGAGCCUGCGAGGAAAAUGCGCGCUCCGAUACUUCUAGGAAGUGGAUUAAAAAUCAAUUGAAGUGACGCGAUCACGUUUUCAUUUCGAUUUCACUGCAGUGAGGUGGAAGAUUGAGGAUCAGCACCUGCCCUACUAGGGUUCCGGAGAUCUCUGAUGCAAUUGUGUUGUUUAGUGCCAAGCGAGUGCCCGCGGAAUGUGAGGAAAUCUGUGCACGGCACUGACAGUGAGUGAAGAAAAUCUUGCCGACAGUGUGCGAUGCAUUCUAAGAGCGACGAGAAGUGUUUCACGGAAAUAGUAAAUAAUUUACUGCGACGAAAUGCUGGUUUACGACAGCAAUGCUGUUUCGGUGUGUAACGGUUGGCUCCAGCAGUGAAACAAAAUGAAAUUAUUUGUUGUGUUAAUUAACCUGGUUCUGUGCUUCAGUUUGGCCUAUCAGCAAGUGGAAACCAGGACCGAUAGUGACGAGAAUUUGGAUGGCUAUGGGAAUUUUGUGAGUGAUAGAAGCGAAUAUUUGAAAAAGUCUAUCGCAGCCCUGCUAGCGCAUGAUGGUAGUGAAAUUUUCCCACCAAUGGCCAACGAUGGUCCAUUUGGAGACUAUCGGAUGCAGAACCAGCAACAGUACGGCAGUGCGGUAUAUCGUAAACAACAUGCUCAACGUUCACAAAGUCCAAGCUUCGAUCCACGCGAUGGCACACCGUACACGAGGGAGGUAGCUGUGAAACAGGGUCGAAUCAAGGGCAUUGUGCGGGUGAUGCAUCCUCAGUCUGGGUUGAAAAAUGUUGACCAGUAUCUGGGCAUUCCAUACGCCGAGGCACCCGUUGGUUCGAGGCGCUUUAUGCCACCGAGUGCCCCCAUUCCGUGGACGGGACUCAAGAUGGCAAUCAAAAUGUCACCCGUUUGUCCGCAGAAUCUUCCCACCUUAAGUAAUGUAAAUAACAACUACUCGAAAGGCAGAUACGAUCAGCUGAAAAGACUGCUUCCAUAUCUAAAAGUUGAGAGCGAAGACUGUUUAUAUUUAAAUUUGUACGUGCCUAGCUAUGAUGGAAUUGGACCGCAGGCCAAAUAUCCGGUUAUCGUGUACAUACACGGCGAAUCAUACGAAUGGAACAGCGGAAAUCCAUAUGAUGGAUCAAUUCUGGCCAGUUAUGGGAGGGUUAUCGUGGUAACGCUUAAUUUUCGGCUCGGAAUUCUCGGUUUCAUGAAACCAGGCAUUAGUGACCACACUACCAGCAAUUUCGGUCUACUGGAUCAGAUAGCUGCACUUCAAUGGAUCAAGGAAAACAUUGGCUCGUUCGGCGGAGACAACAAGCUGGUGACGGUGAUGGGCCAUGGAACGGGUGCUGCUUGCGUAAAUUUUUUGAUGGUUUCACCUGUUGCCAAGGGACUUUUCCAUAGAGCAAUUCUCCUCUCAGGUUCGGCAUUAUCUGACUGGGCCCUAACUCAGCACCCUCUGCAAUCUACCAUGCAGGUACUGCAGGGGCUCAAUUGUCCACUAAACGGAGAUAACGAUGAAGUUACAGCUUGUCUACGGCGAAAGCGUUAUAGUGAAAUACUGAACGUGAAAAUUGCUUCACCACAAUUUUCAACUCGUUUUGGACCUAUUGUAGAUGGAUUGGUAAUUCCAAACACUCCGCACAAGGUGAUGGGCCAGUAUAGCGACAUAUUUAGUGGGUACGACCUACUUUACGGGAUGACAGAGUUGGAAUCGUACAACAUCCUAAAUGCCGUCGCCCUGUCGUACGGGUUGCUCGAAAACGAGAGGGACAAUCUGCUGCGGUUCUACAUGCAAAAUCGUUUCGAGAUCCGUCCAGAUUUGGCACUUGCCGCAACGCUCAAUGAGUACACCGGUAUACUUACUGAUCCGAACAAAUCCCUGGCAGACAUCCAUCGCGACACUCUGCUGGACAUUUUAUCUGAUGCCCGUGUUGCCGCUCCGAUGGUUCAGACUGGACUCUAUUUAGCCAAAGUCAACCCCAAAUGCUAUAUGUACGUAUUUGGACACAACAGCGAAGCCGGCGAGUACGGACGACUCUCACAAAGCGUUGUCGGUGAGGAUUUGGCGUACAUAUUUGGAGCUCCCCUGGGGCCAGUUGGGCCUUUCCAAACCCACUACAAUGCAAGGGAACGGCUUUUCUCCGAAGCCGUCAUGAAGUACUUUUCCAAUUUCGCUCAAACUGGAAACCCGAAGGCACCAUGGAAGGAUCUCUUUCUCAACAUGAACCCGGAAGAAUGGCGGUACUAUGACGUUGAUUGGCCUGAAUUUAACAGUGUGAAUCAAAGUUUUCUGCAUCUCGCGAUGACGCCGGUUGUGAGCCGGCAUUACCGCCAGCAAUACACAAAAUUUUGGAACCAAAAACUUCCGGAGGAGUUGAAGAGAAUAACCACGUCAAAACCAUAUUCACCGUACUCGGAAUUCAUCAGCCCACCGGACCGGCGCAUGACAACUUCCAGCCCCGAGUUUAUUACGGGUCACAUAAAUCUUUUUCCAAUAAAAGUCGAUAUUGAAAAACCAACAGAGGACUCUUUCAAAGCAUUGGUACAUCGAAUGAAGGAUGCUCAUGUUGGGGGACCGGGGAUGUACAACGCAGCUGCUUCUUCGGGUGGUAUUCCCGCUGAAGCUCCGAUGAAAGAAAAACCUAAACCUGAAAAUGUCGAAAAAGAUAUGGAAAACUCGGAAAUGAUGAAAACCGAAGCAUCCCUAACGCUGCUGAUAGCCGUGGCAAUUGUUUUUCUGCUGUUUAAUAUUUUUGUCAUUGUCGGAUACAUAAUAAAACGGAACGUUGGAAAUAGAAAAAUGAAACGAAAAUUCGACGACAACAUCCUGGAGAGCGCUGCUUCGAUGAACGAUAAACGAUCGAAAUUGAACGACACUGAAGAGAGCUAUAUUUUAGACAUGAUGCGAAAGUCAAAUCCAUACGAGCCGGUGGUGAAAGCGAACAAUUUCACAUUGCCACGACAGUUCAGCGGCGAAACCAUGGACCCACACACAAAAGUGUGCGAUUGGAUAUCCCAAGACUAUGGAACAGUUUGUACGAAACAAAUUGAAUGCGAUGGAGGUGGGUCUUGCGAUAAAGAUAAUAUUCCUAUACCACAUAAGGUAAGCGUGGCAAUAGAUGCCACCCCCCAGGCUCGAAGCAACAGCAUUUUGCGACAAGAGCCAAUCGAGAUUACCAAAGCGAAAUCAUUUGAGUGCGCUUCUCCGGACGACUAUAGUGAAAGCGUCAGCCAAGAUUCACCGUGCGAUUCCGAAACACGACAGCAGUGCUCCAGUUCAGGAUCUUCUUAUUCAUAUAACGAUUGUGACUAUAAAAUCGUACACAAGUAUAAUAUCAAAUCCGAUUCGAACCCAAUUUACAAUAAUUACCCGUAUCAAAUCGAAGAAAUUACUAGUUUUAUUGAAUCAGGUGACAUAAAUGUUACGUCUCGAGAAAAGAGUGAGGAGAAAGAUCCUCUCUCCCCAGAAGAAGCAUUGAAAGUUAUACAGCGAAGAAACUUUCCCAAAGUUCUACCAGACUAUCCGAAUGGAGUCGCGGGUAUUACAGCUUCAAUGAAGCGACGGUCUUUGCCACCGCAGGCCUUCAUGCUCACCAGUUCGAACAGCUUGCGACGAGAUAGCGCUCGUCUUGUUCCAGCCCCACCUCCACGGAUUUCAUCUACUUUGGGUCGACGCUCUUCAAAAAAUAGAGCAAGCAAUAAUUUCCUAAGUUCACCACCUGUAAUGGCUGAAGAACCACCAAUCGAGGAAGAGCCUCCAAUCACACUUAACACGUUACACGUUGGGCCACUACUUCCCAAACACCAGGAAAACACAUAUAUGACUAUGUCUCGGCAAAACUCCACAGAAGCCGAACAGACCACACCAACGGAAGAACCAGCAGUUGAUAUAAUUUGUAUAGAACAUAAACCAGAAAGCCAUUACAGCUACAUCAAACCACCAUGUAUGAUAAAACCCCCUUCGUCAUUCAAGUCUUCCCCAGCGAAAGAGUUGAACCGAACGGAAAACAAAGCAGAACUUCAAUCAGGUGUUUUCGGUUCUACGUCACGUUUGCCGAUUAGUCGAUCUGGCAGCAGCACAAUGCAUCGAGAACUGAGUUCUGACUCGUCAGCCACUGACACCACAUCCGGCAGCACCGGAACAAUUAAGAAGCUGUAAACACACUUUGGUACAAUCUAACAGGCACUCCGACACCGAUGGAACAUAUGUGUGCAAACGUAAACACCAACACCCACCAGGAGUUUUUCACACUGCAAAGUAUUUACGUAUUUAUCAACAAGCCCCUUUCCAUGUCCACAUCACGAUAAUUCCGAUCAAAUAUUUAUUUUAACUCUAUCAUUUAAUUGUAAACAGCUGUCGAGAGCGAGUGUAUGCAAUUGAAGUUUGAACUUAGAUUUGUUUUGAUGUUGAUUAGCGACAAUCAGAAUGAUUACUUUUAUAAAGUUGUAAACAUAACAUACAGGCAAACAAGUACACAAUCGUACACGUGUACU